GAAAGUCGACGUUUCGGGCAAAAGCCCUUCAUCAGGAAUGCUCCUCCUAUGCUGCCUGACCUGCUGUGCUUUUCCAGUACCACUCUUAAUCUAGACUCUGAUUUCCAGCACCUGCAGUCCUCACUUUUGCCAAGUUUAAAAUCACACAACACCAGGUUAUAGAUUUAUUUGAAGGCCUGUGCUUCCAAAUAAACCUGUUUGACUAUAACCUGGUGUAUGAUUUUUAACUUUGCAGCCUAGAGAUAGACAACGUUGGCUAAGUCACAUGAGUGCCUGCUGUGUCCACGGUCCGGGAGCAUAACCAGAUGCGGUCUGAAGAAAUGAAACUGUUCCUUUUGGGAAAUGGACACACCAAUAUAGUCUCUCUCGUAUAUGCAGCAGAAACACAGCGAUGUAAAUGGCGGAGAACUUGCAGCCAGGACCUCUCAGAGGACAGGCUCUUCCCCAAGCUGACUGACUGCUGAUUUAUCCCUAUCUGGAAAAAACUGUGAACACUUGAUGUGACAGUACGCCUCUCACAGUCACUUGUACAAGGUACUUUCUGAGCCGCUGCAGUUGGGGAAACUGAGUGGAAACACUCACUGGACGAUGAAUUACACCCAGCAUGGCGCACACAUCUAUAACCAAGAAAACGACAGAUUCAAGGAGAAAGGAACAGAUAUCAUUUUCAAGUCUUCUUCAGAAUCAGUUUGCCCAUUGGAUGUCAGACUUACCAGAAAAGCUAUGGGACGAGUCACUGUGCAAUCUGGCGAUUCCAGGAAGCCAUGACUCGAUGACCUAUUGCUUAGACUUAACCUCUCCGAUCAAACCUUCAGAUAAGAUUUUAAACUAUUUGGAUCAUAUAAUUCCCUGUAUAAUUCGACCAGAGAUAUAUAAGUGGUGUAGGACACAGGAAUCCAGUAUAACUGAACAACUGGAAGCAGGUAUUCGGUUCUUUGACUUAAGGAUUGCUCAUAAACCAAAUGAUACUACAGAUCAUUUACACUUUGUACAUGGGAUCUUUACAACUGUAACUGUCCUGGAGGCUUUGAAGGAGUUUGGACUUUGGUUAAAAGCUCAUCCUAAGGAAGUGGUUAUAUUGGCCUGCAGAUCCUUCGACGGGAUGAAUGAGCAACAACAUCAUGAGUUAAUUCAGGAAAUAAAGAACUUAUUUGAGUCCAAAAUAUAUCCAAAAACCUCUUCUGAACCAGUAACACUCAGAAGACUUUGGGAGUUGGGUUGCCAAGUCAUCAUCUCCUAUGAUGACAAUAUUGCAAAACAAUAUCCAGAACUUUGGCCUGGAAUCCCUUAUUGGUGGGCAGACACAUAUGAUCCUAAAUUGCUAGUCCAAUAUCUAGAAAAUCAGAAACAGGCUGGACGACCAGAUGGAUUUUUUGUUGCUGGCAUAAACCUGACUGAAGAUUGGUGGUACAUCCUGACUCAUCUCCACAGCUCUUUGAAGAGACUGACUCUACCUAAUUAUGCAUAUUUGAGUGACUGGAUUAAGAAGCAGGUCGCAGGACCCGGAAAGCACUGUUUUAAUAUAAUUGCUGGAGAUUUCAUAAGAGCUGGCUACCUGGUGCCUGCUGUACUUUCUCUCAAUAACAUUGAUGUAAAAAUUGGCAGGUUUUACUGAAAAAACAAAGGAAGGUAUUUUUGUGAGAAAAUUGUGAGAUGUCGUCUUGAUCUGGUUAACUCUGUGCUGGAAUUUGAGGUGGUGAUGGUGGCAUCGUUUGGCUGUGGCACCCUGUAACCAAGUAAUGGCUUGAGGGGAGAGCUGCCAGCUUAUCAAAUGAGUGUGGGACUACAGGCAGCCAGCUGAUCACCCCCCGAAAGAUGAACUUACCUUCAAAGUUGGUAAACACCCUGGUGAAGGGUGUUGAAAAUUGAGCCAGAUUUAUUGAGGGGAGGUGGGGAGUUCUAUGUGGAACUAUCUUCAGUGGGUGUGGGUGUCCUUUAAGAAAAAAAUUAGAAUCAUAGAAUCCCUGCAGUUUGGAAGUGUGCUAUUUGGGCCAUCGACUUCACACAGAACCCGUGAAAGUAUCCUACCCAGCCCCAAAUGCAGUCCCAUCACUGUAAGCCUACCCUUCCCCAGACACUAUAGGCAAUUUAGCACUACCAAAAUCUAGCUAACCUGCACAUCUUUGGACUGUGAGAGGGAACUGGAGCACCUGGAAGAAACUCACAGACAUUGGGAGAACAUGCAAACUCCACACAGACAGUAUCCGAGGGUGGAAUUACUUGAACCAGGAGGACUUACUCACCCCAGCUUGGCAGUUAAGGCCUCCAAGAUGAUCAGUUCUGUAACCUCCUACCAAAUUCUAUGGCUGCUGGAAAAGGAACUUAUGUAGGCAGUAAUUGGCCAGUGAAGUGGCUUUAACCAUGGGAGGGCAGGCCACCUGCUACCUCUCCACUGUGAGUAGAAUCCAGGCAGAGGCAGAAGCCACUGUAUGACGCCCUAUUUCACCCCCAGUCUCCCACUGCCUUCCAACUGGCCAAAAUUGCAAAAUUUCAGCCUAAAUCUAUAAUUUGCAGUUAAAUUCAAUUCCAGGAGUUAGAAUUCAUAACCUUGGACUAUAUUGUUGGAUUUUCUGAAUGGCAGGUGUGAUGUUAAGUCCAAUUUAAAUUAGUUAGAUGCACCUAAAAGACUUCCUGGCCACUGCCACUCUCCUCAAAUCAGAGAAUCAUGCUGCAAAGUAGGAGACCAUUUUGGUCCCUUCGUGUCAGCAUUAGCUUUGUCAAAGAGUUAUCCAACUAAUUACUCUGAAGAAGACUCUUUAGCCACAAAGCAUUAACUCUGUUUCUCUCUCUAUAGAUGCUGCUAGGCUUGCUGAGUUUGUCCAGCAUUUUAUGUUUCUAUCCAAUUAAUCCCAUCCCUGCUCUUUCCCCAUACUCUUGCAAUUGCUCUUCCAUUUUAUACAUUCCACCAAAUUCCCUUUUGAAAGUUAUUGUUGGAAAUAAUUCUACCAUUCUUUACGGCAGUGCAUUCCAGAUCUUCACAUCUCAAUGCAGAAAGAAAAUUCUCCAUUCUCACAACUCAAACAGCUGAAAUGGCGACUGCUGCAUUUCAGACCUUACCAAAUGCAGAAAGGCAUCUGUUGGACAAAACCUUAAGAGGCAGCCUAUGUCUCAAUUUAUUUAAUCAUUAAAAACCAGUGGUUGACAAGUUUGUCCUGUUAUUACAGCCAACACUUAUCCUGAUGCAACUAAAUGCAUCACUGCUACAUCAAUGUUGUGAUUAUUUCCUAUAUUGUACUCCAUCAGAGGGAGUGCAGAAUCCAGCUCACGAGUUCUGUUAUUAUGAGAAAAUACUGAAAGUACUCAGCUCUGGCAGCACCUGCGGAAACAGAAGUGUUAGAUAUUAAAUACAAAAACAAAAAUUGCUGGAAAAGCUCAGCAAACCUGGCAGCAUUUGUGGAGAAAAGUCAGAGUUAACGUUUCAGGUUGAGUGAUCCUUCCACAAAACCAGAGAUCUGGUUUACAGUAUCUGGAGUUCUUCCGGUUUUUAGUUAGACUUCAAUAUUAGGUUUCAAGUUUCACGAGUCUUCAUCAGAAUUGAAGCCUAUCAAAAUGCCUAUAACAGUUAACUUCCUCUCCCUUUUUAGUUACAAUGAACAAUGUACUGAUCAUCAAAAAAGAUAAAAAUAGGUGCAGCAAUCGCUAACCAGUCAUUAUUAUCUGUUCCAGAAACUCACAAGUACUCAAUCUGUGAUAAGCUGCAAAAGAAAUAUGCUUGCCAGAGAAAUGUACUUGUGAGUGUUACAUGUUGCUUUAUUGCACAAUAGUCUUUUGAAAAAUAAAACACAUGAACAUA